AUGUCGCCGCCGCCAACUGCCGUAGGGGCUCACAGAGGGCUGACGCGGAGCGAACCGGCCGUGCUGCCACUACCGCUCGCCAUGCACGUCACCGAGGGCGUGCCACAACUGCUCGCCACGCAUGUCAACGAAGGUGUGCCACAACCGCUCGCCACGCACGACGAGGGCAUGCCUCAACCAUCCGUCACGCACUUCACGCACAACAACAAGAGCGUGCCACAACCGCCCAUCACGCACAUCACCGAGGGUGUACCACAACCGCCCGUCACGCACGUCACCGAGGGUGUGCCACAACCGCCCAUCAUGCAUGUCACCGAGGGCAUGCCACAACCGCUCGUCACGCACGUCAAGGGGGGGUGCCACAACUGCCCGUCAUGCACGUCACCGAGGGCGUGCCACAACCGGUCGUCACACAAGUGA